AUGGCUUCUUCUCCGUCUUCUUCUCCACUUUGGACUCUGCAACAACAAAAGAAAGUAGCCCUAAUACUAUAUACAGCGACGCUUUCAUCAUUCAUUGCCAAUUCUGCAGGGUGCCCCUACACCACCAUCUUCAGCUUCGGCGAUUCAAUUACCGAUACCGGAAACCUGUGUUUCAGCUUCCCACUCAGGCGCAGCUGCUCUCCUCCCUACGGAGCAUCCUACUUCGGCCACCCCACCGGAAGAUCCUCCGAUGGCCGUCUUAUCAUUGACUUCAUCGCUGAGUCAUUAAGUAUUCCAUUAGUGAAACCAUAUGAGAGAAUUAAGAAUGGUGAAGCAAGAAAUUGGAAGAAAGAGGAGGGAGUGAAUUUUGCUGUUUCUGGAGCAACUGCGUUGAAUGCAGGUUUCUUUGAAGAGAUAGGUAUUCAUUAUGGCUUUACCAAUGAUUCUCUCAGAGUUCAAUUGGGAUGGUUCAAGGAAUUGUUGCCUUCUAUCUGCAAUUCUUCCUCAAGCUGCAAGACAGUGUUUGAGAAGUCACUAUUUCUGGUGGGAGAAAUUGGAGUCAAUGACUUCAAAACGUGUUUUUUUGAGGGAAGAAGAUUAGCAGAGAUCAAAACUUACGUGCCUCAUGUGAUUAAUAUGAUCUCUUCAACAGUAACUGAUUUGACAGAUGUAGGGGCUCAAACGCUCAUCGUUCCUGGAAUUUUACCACUAGGAUGUGGUGCAAUCUAUUUAACAAGGUUUGAGAGCAACAAUGAGAAGGACUAUGAUGAAUAUGGUUGCUUGAUAUGGUUAAACAAGUUCAUUGAAUACUUCAAUAAGAGGCUUCAGGCUGAAUUAAAUCAACUCAAAGAGCUUCAUCCUCAUGCCAAUAUCAUAUAUGCUGAUUAUUAUAACGCCGCAUUACCACUCUAUCAUUCUCCCAAAAAUUUG